AUGGCCAGGAAGCGGGUCGCCGUGAUCGGAGCUGGGAUCAGUGGACUGGCUGCCAUCAAGUGCUGCCUGGAUGAGGGUCUGGAGCCCACCUGCUUUGAAAGGAAUGACGACAUCGGAGGCCUGUGGAAAUUUCAAAAAAACCCUUCAGAGAAAAUGCCGAGUAUCUACAAAUCCGUGACCAUCAACACGUCCAAGGAGAUGAUGUGCUUCAGUGACUUCCCCGUACCGGACCAUUUCCCCAACUACAUGCACAACUCCAAACUCAUGGAGUACUUCAGGAUGUACGCCAGCCACUUUGGCCUCCUGAAAUACAUUUGCUUCAAGACCAGAGUGCAGAGCGUGCGCAAGUGCCCGGACUUCCCCGUCAGCGGACAGUGGGACGUGGUGGUGGAGGCCGAGGGCCAGCGGGAGUCGCUGCUCUUCCAUGGGGUCCUGGUCUGCAGUGGGCACCACACGGACCCCCACCUGCCACUGCAGGCCUUCCCAGGCAUUGAGAAGUUUAAAGGACGCUAUUUCCACAGUCGGGAAUACAAAAGUCCCGAGGACUUCUCAGGAAAGAGGAUCGUUGUGGUUGGCAUGGGGAAUUCUGCUGUGGAUAUCGCCGUGGAGCUCAGUCGAGUAGCUGAGCAGGUACUCCUCAGCACUAGACGGGGAUCAUGGAUCUUGCACCGUGUUUGGGAUAAUGGAUACCCUAUGGACAGCUCAUCUAUCACUCGAUUCAAUAGUUUUAUCCAGAAGAUAUUUACUACGGCAUUAGUAAAUAACUACCUGGAGAAGACACUGAACUCAAGAUUCAAUCAUGCUCACUAUGGCCUGCAGCCACAACACAGACCUCUGAGCCAGCACCCAACCGUCAGCGAUGACCUGCCGAACCACAUCAUUUCUGGCAGGGUCCAGGUGAAGCCCAACGUGAGGGAAUUCACGGAGACGGACACCAUCUUUGAUGAUGGCACCGUGGAGGGCAACAUUGAUGCUGUCGUCUUCGCUACAGGAUACAGCUUUUCUUUCCCUUUCCUGGAUGGGCUGAUCGAAGUCGCUGAUAAUGAGGUGUCUCUGUAUAAGCUGAUGUUCCCUCCCAACCUGGAGAAGCCCACACUGGCCGUCAUUGGCCUCGUCCAGCCCCUGGGCAUCGUGCUGCCCAUAGCAGAGCUCCAGUCUCGCUGGGCUGCCCGGGUGUUCAAAGGACUGAAAAAAUUGCCCUCAGAGACUGACAUGCUGGCUGAGAUCAACAGAAGGAAAACGAGAAUGGCCAAAGAGUUUGUGGACAGCCCCAGAGAUGCAUCUCGAGUGUACUACAUCGACUACAUGGAUGAGAUUGCUUCUGAGCUAGGCGUCAAACCCAACCUGCUCUCCCUCUUCCUCUGGGAUGCCAAGCUAGCCAGGGAGGUUUUCUAUGGGCCCUGCACCCCAUACCAGUACCGCCUACAGGGGCCCGGCAAGUGGACCGGAGCCCGGGCAGCCAUCCUCACCCAGAGAGCCCGGAUCCUCAAGCCCCUGAGAACACGUGUGCUCCAGCACUCUGGCUCCCGUCCCUCUGGGUGGCUUUGGGUCAGAAGUGUCUGUGCUGUCAUCUUUCUCUCUGCUUCCAUGGUCAUCAUCUUGCAGAUGAUCGGUCAUUAA